AAGAUUACUGAAAACUGUGAAAGGAUUUGUAAGGAUGUUGCUUGAAGGAGCACUUCAAGAGCUAUGCCAGAAGCAACAGUAUCCUCUGCCAUUCUGUCCCUCUGCUUCGGUCCCCUUUCAGUGGGAGGCAGUUUCUGAUAAGCCCAAAAUUACUGUCAGAAGUGACCCACUUGUAAUCUCUAGUCCCUUGAGAGAUUGUACUUCAGUUCCAUUUCAGGGGGUGGAAGUCCCUGGAAAAACCCAACAAAAAUUCAUGAAUGACCCACUUGGAACCUCUUUUCCAUCUUCCCACACCAACAGAGCAGUUGCAGCAGUUCCCUUCAAAUGGGAGGAGAAGCCUGGGCAGGCAAAGCCAUUCUUUCCAAAUAAAAACCCAAUUUCAUCAUCCAUCACAUUGAGCCAGAAAUCUUUCAAUUCUUCUCAUGUGGAUGAUUCUCCAAAAUUUUCACCAAGAACUCUGUCAGAGAGGCUUAGAAGUAUUUUCCAAGUGAAAUUAUCAAGACCUACAAAACUGUCAUCUGCCAAGACUAGUCUUCCCAUUCAGAAUGCAUACAAUGGACAAUGCAUUGAAGAAAGAGGGGCAGAGGAGGUACUAACCUUAAACUUUUCUGGAGGCUCUGAGGGAGAAGAAGAGAUGUUUGAGCUAGAUCUAAAUGCUCCAUCAUCCUUAGGCUCUGAAAGGAGGUUUUCUUCUUUAGCUGGCGACAGAACAGGAGCUUCAGAUGCUGCAACACCUUCUCUGCUUGCAAAUUGUCUUAUGAACAUGAUGGAGAUUUCCAAAGCAGUCCCUGUUGAGGAAUCAUUUAAGCAAAAUAUGUGUCUCCCUUCCUUGGUCUCUGUUGAUCCCUCUGAUAAGGAGGACUCAUGGGAUACCAUGAAGGAAAUCCAGAGCAAGGAUCUCAUGAGUGGCUACCAACAAUGCCCGAGAUUUUAUUCCCUGCAGCCAGCAAGCUCACCUAAAGGAAUUUCAUCUACAAAUGUGUAUGAUUCUCCCAAGCAUAUAGGAUGGGAAGGGACUGAAGUGAUCUGUGGGGAAGAAGACGAGAUGGGGACUGGUACUGUUGAUGUUCCUUGCCUUGAUUUGGGCUUUAAAGAUGAAAAACUGCAUCAACUGAGAAGCAAUGGGAACAAUGGAAGCCAUUCUUCUUCCUCUUCCUCUUCAUUGGCAUCUACCUUCGAUUUUGUUGAAGGACGAUCACCUCAAUCAGUUACACAAUGUGGUGAUUAUUGUAUGGACAUAGUGCCCUUUGGGACUUGCACUCAGUCAGGCAAGCAUUCAAACUGCAAUCAAGGCACUGCUAAAUUCAAGCAUCCAAGUAAAGAGCCUAGCUACUUUCAAGAGAAUCCAAUGUUCGAUGCCAAGGUGGAAGAGACCAAAGCAGUAGAUUUUAUUGGCAGAUAUGGACAGCAUUCCAAGAGGACUGGAUUCCGCCCAAAAAGACAAACACUCUGCAUGGUACUGAAAUUCGGCAUGAUUAGCUGUUGUUCAUGGGGAGCAAUCCAUGCACAAGCUUGCCGUCCAAGGGCUAGUGCAAAAACCCAAGCUAUUAAUUGGAGAAAAAAUGGAGAGAAUCAUAGCUCCUCCUAAUCAACAACAGCUUUCAUGGAGGCAGAUGAAGAAUAUAAACCCUGCCAAGCGAUUCAGAAAUGUGUUUGUAGUUGUGUUUUAGUGACAAUAUAUAUGGCAUAGCAAUAACAGGAAUGAGAUUCUAAGAAUAGCAUGUAUGUUUUUUUUAUUCUUCUAAUAUCUUUCAAGUGAACUAAAUGGUCCUUGUCAAUGGAUGGAUCUUUGGUGUGUGGGUGAAGUUGGAAGGUUUUUAGUGAAUCCAUCAAUGAUAAAGUCUUGCUAAGUGGAAGUUUCUGACAUCCAAGAAGGGAUGAGGUUGGGAUCGUGCUUGCCUUGGACAAAACGAUCUCGCACAAAUGCAUACUCCUCUGUCUUUAGCCUCUCAUGGAUUCUCAAACAUCUAUUGAUGUUUGAAGUAAAUGGGAUGAGCAUGUCCCUCAUCAAUCUUCUCCCACAUAGUGGCCUAUUAUUACAUUUUGUUUUAGGUUUUACCUAUGUUGAAAGUUUGAGGUGUGACUUUUUCACCAUUUUUUGUGAAUACAUGUUAUAUUAUUUUACGAAUACUCACAUAUACAUCA